AUGACUUUACUGGAGAAGAAAACCAUACGAAAGACUUGUUUGUCUAGCGUUGUUGUUAUCGGCUGUGGGUUUGUUGUAGGACUUGGUUCUAUACCAAAUUAUGAGUCUUCUAACAACCAAGGUUAUUUUGAGAGCAACAGCGGUAGCAGUAGCAGCAGUUCAACUGUGUUUGUUAGUACAGUUUUGAUAGCUCACGUUUUGUCAUUUUUAGUGUUGCGACUAGUAGUAGCGCCGUCACCACUUAAGGAAUUUUGUUUGAUACAGAUCAGUUUGUGUACCUACUUUAUUGGCUUGCUGAUUUGGUGGUUUUUUAGGUCUACUACCAUUGUUGUUCAUGUUGUUGCUGAUAUUCUCGGUGGGGUAUCUCUUGUCAUACUUUCAUUGGCCGUCCCACUUUAUAUUGCAACACGGAAAAGAAAAGGUGUGUUGAUCUGUGUCUAUUUUUUUGGUAAAAAUUUGUUGUUGUACCUGCCAUUCUCUUUCUCCAAGAAAAAGGACUCAAUCCUGCUCACAAUUUCAAUUUUCUUUAUUAUUCUUGCAUCGGUAUUAUCGUGUCGUUUUCUCUCUUCCUCUUCAAAAUCUAAAUUAAAAUCAUCGUACGAAUCAUCAUCGUUUUCCCACAAGGGCAGAGAAGAAUGUCCUCACUUCAAGAGUAACAUUAGAUCUGUUAUUAUUCUAUGCUGGGCCUCAAUCUCAAACAACUAUAUCAUUUUCUAUCAAGCGCCCAAAUUAUUUGAGUACUUCGUUACACCAUUAUCGGCUAGAACAGUGUUGCUGAAUAUUGUAUUAUCAAUUGUGAUACCUCUAUUCUCGAUGCUACCCAGUGUGUUCGUAGACACCACUUCAAGGGCAGCUUUGACUUACCUGGGAAGUGUUAUAGUUUUGUGUUAUGCCUCAUUAAUGGCUUGCGCAAUUCAUUUACAAGAUCGGUUGGAAAGCAAUUCACUGAAAAGUGCGAUUCCGUUAUCCCUCUGGAUGUUUCAAACUGCUUUGUCAACUUCAAUAGCACCAAUCAUAUACCUCCAGGGUCUCAAGGAGCAAUCAUACCGAUAUUUAACAGUAUCAGUAGGUAGUUUUUGUUAUUGGUCAGUUCGAGUAAUGCUUCCCACCAUUUCAGUAUUGCCUUUAAUGCUAGUGUUUGGUAGCACUGGUCUGCUAUGUUUAAUGUUCUGCGUUUCGUAUGUAGCGAUUUGA